AGUUUGGAGGAGGAGCGUUCAUAUCAGUCCCAGCACAGACAGUACCUACUCUAGUGUCAGAGACGGAGGGAGAGAGGAAGGAAAUCUUCUCAGUGUAGACAAAAGCGCAGUUCUGGCUGGAGUUUGUUUACCACCUCUGCUGCAGUUUCCUCUCGGACGAGGCGGAUUAUUCACGCGUUCCUCGCGCGGGGAGUUCAGCAAAAACAUUGGGAUUUAUUUCACUUUUGGCUUUUGCUUUCAUACGUUAAUGAGUUGCCCACUUUGGACUUGUGGAUCAUAUUUGGACUAGCACUGAUAUUAUUUAGACAUAUUUAUAUUAACAGCCAACUUGUCAUCGUGUUAUUUUCGGAGCCAGCGGUGAUGUCCCGCCACUGACAUGCACCAUCCGUCCAGACCACCAAACCACUCCGAUGGCACGACAACAGUAACACCAACACAGGGGAGCGGAGGAGAUCCACAACCCGUCGGUGCCGCUGGAGCCUGUGCGCAAACCUCCCGUUCAAACGACGGCGGCGAGCGCAGCUUUGGCCAACCUGAUUCCACCGCCGGAGGAGGGGAGCCGGACUCGCCGUCCUGGUGCAGACCCAAAGCCAUCGACAGCCUAUCCGUGUUUCAGGCGAGGUCUAUAUUCUUCCACUCUCGCCGCGCCUCCAGUGGAUAUUUCUCGUUCGACGGAGACUCGCUGCCGAGCUCCCCGCUCUCUCCGAGGCCGGGGACUGCUGACAAAGCUACGCAGACUCCGAGUCCCGCCGGCCAGGUGAUGAAACACGCCCUACAGCGCAUGGAGGCGCACGGCGGAGGACCGGGGACGCACCAGCAACACGGACAAUCUGUCGGCCCCUCUAGCACGCGGCAACGGAACAGGGACAUGCAGGCGGAGGAAAUCGGACGAGAGCUCCGACACAUUGGGGAUGACUUCAAUAGACUGCUUCUCAGGGGGAUGGCAGACAGACAUAGACGGGUUGUGAUCAAUCCAAACCCGCUGCCGCACAUCCACCAGGAGCCCACCGUGCUGCUGUGCGUGGGCCUCCUGCUUCUAAUGAUCGGACGGAUGAUCUACUUGCAAGGCAGUACGAACAGCCAGAACCACUCUCAGGUUUAGCCUUUGGAAAACCCAGCAGACGUAGCAUCGUUAUUAUUUUUUUCCUGAAAUAAUGUAUCUAUGUUGGAUCCUUUUUGUUUUUUGGGACCUAAUUUUUGUCCUCCUUUCUCUCCUUUCCCCGUUGAGAAAGGACACUUUGGACUCUGUUCAUGUUCAUUUUGAUGGAUUGGUAACCCCUUUAAGGAACUCUAAAAUGCCUGGAUGUUUGUUUUUUCACCUCUGUUUGUCCUUCACAGUCUCUGAGCCUUUGCGUUGCUACCAAAGAGCCGGGAUUUUGCACUCCUUUCCAGCGCAGGGGCCGUCGUUUCACCUAAAUUUGCCUCUGUGCAAAAUUACGCCUGUGGAACUUCAAAUGUGCCUUGUACAGUUUCCUGUUUACUCGUUUAGUUUUUUAGCUUUUAGCUUGUAAUUGAACAGAGAUUAUGAAUUCCUCGGGUGAUCAACUCCACAGACCCAGGGUUGUAAAAGUACGUGGGUCCAAUCUGCAAAACUUUCCCCCAUCUUUCCCCUCUGAUGGUUUCAGGCAAGGAAAAAUGAUCUUGCACUCCUGUAACAUCCGGAUCCAGCAUGCAACAGACUCUGGGCCAAAGUAACCACUUUUAUCCAGCUUUUUUAUCGAAACUACUUUGCCAUGUAACACUUUGUUACCAUGAAUUACAUGUCUGCUUAUGUCUACAUUGUCAGUUAAUAAGAGUUGACUGUAUGGCAGGAUUUACAGCCACAGAAAUGACUUUGUGUCCAGAUAUUCUGAGUACUAAUUGAAACAGGUAUUGACUGAUUCAUCAUCAGAUUUCAUGACAGUUCUGUAUUUUGCAGACCCCAUUUGGGCAGGAUUCAUUUUCCAGGGAGAGGUGAGGUGGUAAUAGAAUAUUUGCCGUGGUCCUCAGUAACAAAACUUCUUGUUCUGGGUGGCAAGUUACAGCAUUUGGACUUUAAAAGAUGGGAACAUUCGAGGGGAAAUUUAGAGAAAGCAGAUAUUUGCAAGCAAGUGUUUGGGACUGUAAAUAAUUUUCAAGGAGGGGAGAAAACGUGCACUCUGGACUGAUCAGCACACACACAAUUUGCCCAACUUUCCUGACAGAAAUGAAUCCUGUCCUGCACUUGUCUGCAUCAGUGAUAAAGUGUCCAUUUUGUUUUAUGUGUCAUAAUUCAAAACCCUGUGUCAAGGUUUAGCAGCCGUCCUGCUACCACUUGGUUUAUAUGUAAUCAGGUAAUCUGUAAUCAGGAUUAUUUUCCCUUCAAAGGUACUUUUAGUAGAUGCACCAAUCCUGCAACUUUUUAAAAACGUAAGAACACAUUUCUUUGAAUUUCAGGAAGUUAAGUUUCCACAAAUUAUUAGCAGCCUUUCCCUGUGUAAAAAAACCUGUGUGUUUCUGUAACCACUAGAUCCAGAUCUAAUGGUGAUUUAACAUUAUAUUUCCAACAAUUUCAGAAUCAUUUUUAUCACAAAAUACAGUCUUUUAAAAAAAGCAUUAAGGGGCACCAUUUCCCUCUUUGCUCUGGUUGUUUUCAGCAUUAACACAAACAAUUUGCACGUUAGUAAUCAAAUGCAGGAGCAGAAUGCUUCACUUGUUAUACAGUAAUAAGUUUUAAGUACCUGUUACUGAGCUGCCCAGUUGGUGGAUUGAAAUACAGAAGAGCAAGAUGAUGAACAAAUCAAUCAUGAGAUAAUGUCAAUCAUAUAAACCUUUAAACAGUGUCAUUUCCUGCUUUCUAGUUUACUCAUUUUCUACAUUUUACAUUUACAAACCUUUAUUUAACCUUGUUUUAAUAUUCAAAGCCUUUUCCUAAGUUUCCUAAGUGAUCAAACAGCACUGUCUUUCACCGUUCUUUGUUUCAGCCUCUGGAUUUAACAUUAGCAGCCGGACUGAAUGUAUCUGGCAAGUAUUGGUUUGUUGACAAGGUCACGUUAUCCGUUUAUUAGCCCAGUGAUUCAGACCUGGCCAAGUCUCCUCAUGCCUGCCAGGUCAUUAAACACUCUCAGAGAGAGAUUUCUGGACGACAACCAAACAUUGAAUCAUGCAGAGUCAAAGAGGGUUUUGUCACUGACUGUUAAGCCAACAGUACCAUAUCAAAUAGCCGCGAUACAGACUUCCGAUUAAGUACAUUUAUUCUUAUCUUUAGGCUUAUUAACAUACCGGUCUCAUUGUCAUGUGAUGAACCACCAAAAGUAGGCCAUUGUUUUUGUAUCUUUUAGGUUUUGGGUUAGUAAAAUGCAUGUAACCACUCACAGCUCAUUUAAACAGAACCAGAAUAAUAAUAAACAGCGGAUUAGCUUGUGAAAGUGUGAAAACCUUUUAUGCAAAAACUAUGAAAUGCCUGUUCCUUUGUAUGCAGAAAUAUCAAAGUUAGGUAUUUGAAUAUACAGUUGUGAAGAAGAAUUGUGCAAGAAAGUAUUGGGGCGAAGCACCUUAUCAGACCAUGAAACAUGUUUAGCAUGUCUCCUCUAUAAAAUGUCAGGGAGGCAGUGGAGGUUGGGAAGAUAAUCAGAUUUUCAUUUGCCAAACCAACCAGUUAAUUCUCAUCAUUGAAGCCUUUUUUUCUUUCAAAACCAAAACAUCCUGUUUGAGAACACUUUCGACAAAGCAUACGCUUCACCUUUGUGAGGCUUUUCCAAGUUUGUUUUCUACUUUUUUUUUUUUUAAUUUUAAAUGUGAUGUUUGUCACAUAAACAGCACAUUCCACAGUCCAUUAGGAGUUUUCCAAAUUUAGCAUUAUUUAGCAAAUUUAGCAUGAAUUUAGCAUUUUCCAAUCAUGACAUGAAGGAUAUGUCGGUAUUAUUCGGGGUAUAAUAGCAAUAUUUUGGUAUAUAUAUUCAAGGCAUUCAGAAUAUGCGUCUCAACUGGAGUUUUUACCGUAAUUUGCAACACGUGGCCCCUUGUCUGUUUACGCUCAACUCUGUGUGUUGUCAUGGAUACAGGCUGUGUUCGCACGGUCCGACAUGUGGCCACAGUGGAAAACAUUGAUGCAAGAAGCAAAAGACAAGCCACUUCAGCCACGCCACUUCUCUUUAUUUUGACAUGAUAUACGUCAUGUUAGAGCACAUCAAUUGGAGCAUGCAGGGCUGCGUGUAAACAGAAGUAUUAGUGGAAUAUCCGUUUUCAUCAGACAUGUAAGCAACUUAGUAGGAAUAUUGUCUUUUUGGGAAUAAGGGCAAAGAACAGAUUAUUUUUAUUAUUAUUUUUUAUUUUGUAGUCAUUGUUGCCCCUUGUGCCAGUUAUUACAACUGUGGUUUUCACUGACCGUCAUUACAGUGGUUACUUUCUGCUCUCCGGCCUCAGGGGGCAGUAAUGACCUUGUUACGCUUGGUGCACCAGAACGAGGCAAAGAAGACAUCGCCACACAAAAGUGAGAUUUAUAAUUAUUUGGACAUUUUUUCAAACUGCAUUUUUUAGGUUUUACAAGAGAACAGAACUUGAGUCCAAACUGGUUGGUUUGUCGAUUGUACAUCUAGUUAACUUCCCACCUCUGUUAAAGAGCAGUGCACAGCCGCAUCCCUGAGCUUUUCUAUGGAGUCAUCAUGGACUGUUGCCCAAACGGCAACCCCAACUUGGUCUGGGUUUGCCAUGUUGCAAGUGCAGUGUGAAUGUUGAGCAAACAAAUUUGUGCAAAACCAUUGUUUUCUGGGUUGUUUUAGAUGGUACAAAUGAAAUGUCACCAUACCGUAUGUUGUUUUGAUCGAUCAUCAGCUGCAGUGAGUGUUUUCUUCAGCUUGACUGGAAUAAAAAUGGAAAUGUAA